AUGGAGAGGUCAAAACUUGGACUCAACAUACCGUACAGGGACAAGCUGAACGAUGAAGAAAGAGAGCGUUACCUUAGCAAAAUUGCGGACAUUGCUGGACUCGACCCAUAUGAACACACUGUAUGGUCAGAAGAUGAUUUCGAGAUACUACCACCGCUUAACUGA